AUGGAUACGAAGAGUAGCAAGGCCAAGAAAGAAGUGGUAGGAAGGAGUUUGAUUGAUUCGGUCUUCUCUUGGUCUAUUAGAGAUGUUCUCAAUAAAGAUCAUUACAAAGACCAGGUAACUAGGGUUCCUGACACGUUCUCGACCGUAACAAGUUACAUGAAAGCAUUUGUACCUUCACUUCUUGAAGUUUACAUGAAGAUUUACUCUCAAGCAUGA